AUGUUCAUUCUUACCACCAUCUCCGAUCUGAUCCAGAUUGCACCCCAAGACUUCUCCAAGUUCAGUGCUGUGGCCAUUGAAGAUAACAUUAAUGAGAAAUAUGCGAACAAGGUCAUCCAAAAAAUCGGCCUGUGCAUCGGGUUUUAUGAUCUACUCGAGUCCUCAGAUGGCCUUAUUGGUCACGGAACAGGCCUUGUCAAUGUUAAUGUCAAAUUUCGGAUGAUCGUCUUUCGCCCUUUCAAGGGUGAGAUCAUGCUGGGCAAGAUUGCCAGCGGUACCGAACUCGGAAUUAAAAUUGGUGUUGAGUUCUUCAACGAUAUCUUAAUCCCACCCGAGCUUCUUCUUCCCGGAGCGAAGUUUGACUAUGCUGAUCAAGUAUGGACCUGGGACAAUGAUGAUGGCACUACGCUGUAUUUCGAUGUGGGAGAAGUUGUCCGUUUCCGCAUUGAGACAGAAGAAUGGCACGACCAGAUCCCUACUGGGCCGGAUAGUGAUCAAACCGUCACAGAACGAAAAGCUCCGUACUCGAUCAUUGGCUCAAUGCAAAUGGGAGGCCUUGGACCGGUUACUUGGUGGUAG